AUGUUGAUUAAGGUAAAGACUUUGACUGGUAAGGAAAUCGAAAUUGAUAUCGACCCAACUGAUAAGAUUCAAAGAAUCAAGGAAAGAGUUGAAGAGAAGGAAGGUAUCCCACCAUCCCAACAAAGAUUGAUUUUCAGUGGAAAGCAAAUGGGUGAUGAAAAGACUGCUUCAGAAUACAACAUUGAAGGUGGUUCAGUUCUCCAUUUGGUUUUGGCUCUUAGAGGUGGUCUCUAA